GUCUCUUUCUCACUCUUUCGUUCUUGUGGCUGCAACUUAUACCUUCAAUCUAUAACAUCUCUCACUCUCGCUUCAACGUCAUGUCGGCCAAAACCGUAGGUGGAAAAGGUGGGAAAUCCAAGACUUCAGCAGAGACCAAAGUCCUCACUACUCGAUCGUCAAAGGCUGGUUUACAGUUCCCUGUCGGUCGUGUGCACCGGUUUUUGAGAAACAAGAAUGCAAACCACGUCCGUGUAGGAGCUAAAGCGGCGGUUUACGUCGCUGCCAUUAUGGAGUACCUGACUGCAGAAGUUCUCGAACUUGCAGGUAACGCAGCCAAAGAUCUACGAGUCAAACGUAUCACUCCUCGUCAUUUACAACUCGCCAUUAGGGGAGACGAAGAGUUGGAUCUUUUGAUCAGAGCUACUAUCGCCGGUGGUGGUGUCAUGCCGUAUAUCCACAAAGCAUUGGUAACGAAGCCCUCCGCUCCGGUGAAAGCGGCCGUAAAGACUGCUUAGAUGGAGGUAGAGCGCGGAGAAGUAAGAGGUAUGGAUGUAGUAUGGUGAAAGAGAUCAGUGGUUAUUCGGGGUAUGGAGCAAGAGAUACCCACCUUUAUUUGUGAUUCCCUUAAAUGGUCAUCUUGUUAAGUUGUGUGAACGGAGCGUGCCGUAUUCGUCAUGCUAAUCUCUCGUAUCUUAUUCGUCCUAC